AUGUUCCGCAACAGUUCACGCCCGACUCGCGAACUCGCGAAGACGCCUCUCUUUCAGUUACACUUUGAACACCUUCCCUUGGAGAAGCGACUCGAGAUUUCAUUCAAGAGAGCUCAAGAAAUCGGUCGCGCAUACAAGUUGACGGCAGAGGAUGUGCUCCACGCCUCGCCUCAGUUCUGGUGGCUGCAUACCGACCCAAUGUGGGGAAUGGACGGAGCAGCUGCUACCCUCAUCACCCUCCAGUACAAUUGCUGUGCCGGCAUUCUUGCCGCGCACGCUGCAGACUCACACCCGAGCGUUCGCGCCACGUUAGACAAAGUUCUUAACUUCGAUAUCUUCGGUGUGUUCUGCCUGACUGAGAUUGCGCAUGGCCUCGACGCUAUCAAUAUGGAGACAACGGCGACCCUGGAUAGGUAUGGGUGGGUGCUCAAUACGCCUCAUGAGGGAGCAGCGAAGUACAUGCCCUCCACAAGCCCAGUCACUGGUCUCCCAUGCAGUGCGGUUGUCUUUGCGCGUGCCAUCGUCGACGGCGAAGAUCGCGGCGUCAAGCCGUUCUUGAUUGAUCUACAUGACGGCAGGAAUAUGAGCAAGGGCGUCGUCUCAAGGCUCUUACCGCAGAAGGGCGGCUCGCGGGCGCUGAAUCAUUCACUCACGUACUUCCGCCACGUCCGUCUCCCUUCGCAUGCUCUUUUGGGACCAAUCGAGAUGCCGGGGAACAAGCGCCUUGCUUUCAUGAUGAACAUCUACCGCGUCGCUGUUGGAACGAUCGCUGUAUCCGCCGUCGCGGACCCCACUCUCCAAAUCUCUGCGUACGUCGCCGCGCGGUAUAGCCAACGUAGGAAGGUGUAUGACCACGCUGCUCCUGGAAAACAAGUCUCCAUCAUCGAGUUCCGCACGCAGAAGACUCCGAUCGUGACAGCUCUCGCUCAGGCCUACGUUAUGCGCGCUCUCUUGGACUACUCCAUCAAGAUCUUCUGCGACGAGGAAGAAGAUCUACGCGUGCGCCACGCCGUCGCCACUAUCGCAAAGGUCAUCCUCGUCUCGCACGCUCAAGAAGCGUCUCUCGCCCUGAGUGACCGGUUGGGUGCCCAAGGGCUCUUCGAGGUGAACCAAUUGAACGCGAUGUUUAAUGACCUCCGGGGAGUCGCGAUUGGCGAAGGCGACACCUUGGUUCUCUCGAUUCGCCUGGCUUCUGAGCUACUCUUAGACCGGUAUGCGGUACCGGAGACGGACAACGCGAAGAGCAUUCUGGCUCGGCACGAACUCGGCAUCCGCGAUGAACUCAGGGCAGCGUUGUGCACCAUGGCCAACCAUCGCGGGAUCGACUUCGAUCGCGAGGUUCUCCCCCGUUCUUUGGAGUUCGUUUCAGCGAUCGGUCAGCGGAUGGCCUACGACGCGGCCGUCGACGCCGGGGUCGAUCAGUGCCUCAUCGACUUGUUCGUAGCCGCGUGCUUGAAGAAGGAUCCAGCCUUCUACGUCGAGAAGGCGGGGAUUUCUCGCGGGCGACAACGCAAGUUGGAGGCGGAUGCCGUUGACGCCGUCUACGAUCGCCUCGAAGACUUCCUCGAACCCAUGGACCUCGAGCCGUACAUCACUGCGCCCAUUAUCUCUGAGCAGAAGUGGAACGAGUACGUCAGCGGCAUACGGACCUUCGGUGAUAUGCCUGCUUGGGACGUGCCGAAGACGACGAUGAGUACGCGCCCGUACAUCGAUCAGUCGCCAUACAUGCAGCUUACUGCUGCCGCCGCGAAGCUGUAG